UAAUCCUAUGUAUGCUUUUGAACAUUGUACAAACAUUAAUCACACUUCCUGAAUUUCUGAAUUUAUCAGUCAACCAGAUAGCUAACUGGCUAAACCACCCAGUCAGGCAUCGCUAGUUAACGCUUAGCUUGCUAGCAAGAACUAUCCGACUCGUUAUCAAACUUAUUUCGAAGAAAAAACGAAAGAUAAUUCGCAUGUGUGAAUUUAAUUGUUUUGUUUUGUGUCGCUAUCUAGAGCUUACGACGUCUGUCCUUGCAAGAUUCGGGUACGAUAGCUAACGUAGCUAAGCUAAGCUAGUUAUCUUAUUGGCUUCGUGAUAACGUUAUUUGCACAGACUCGAGUGGGUGCUAGGUUGUCAUACAUUUUUUCAGUUAUAAAAUUGUCGGGAAAAUAAUGAUUUAAAACGUGACCUCUUCCAAAAUUACAUGCCUGACAUAUUACAUUGUCAUGUGUGUGGCGCCCAGUGUGUUGACAAAGCGUGACCCCUAACUGCUAGUGGGGUAGCAGGCGAAAAAAAAAAGAGUGUAACGCGUCUUCAUCGCAUUUCCCACUCAUGAAGGACGUGCCUUUCCAGACCGGAGAUUAUGAGGUUUACAGAAAUGUAAUUUAUUGUGGAUUACAUGUUUGUUAAGCCUGAUAACAGCAGCAGCAACAACAAAAAAGCCAGAAACCACAUGUAACCACCAAACAGUGUCAAACUUAGGUCACCCGGUGUUAUAAACCUUUAAGUAAACGGGCCCAAUAGGCCAAAUGGCUUAUUUAUAUAGUAGUGCCUAGUUUACCCAGCAUUGUGAUUAUAUAUGAAUGAAGCUGAAUUGGUUCAUUUCCAGGACACCAUCUUAGUUCCAUUCUUGACAUUAACAACUGUUGUUUCUCACCAAAUAGUUGGUGUUGGAAUUAGCAUAUUGAGGACACAGAUGCACACUUAACAUGAGUAGGAUUUGAAUGCUAAGGUUGUUUUGGUUUUAAUGAUCCCAGGCAAUGUUAUUGCAGGUAUUUGCAUUGUUGGGAAGUAUGCCUUUGUCAACCCAGUCCCAAUCAGAGAGUGAUGAGUACAUUCUAGUAGCUAGUUUGGAUAAUGCAAGGAAUCUCUCCAACAUCCUGAAAGCGAUAUCCUUCAAAGACCAUGCAAUAUUUAAUGCAACACAGAAUGGUUUAAAAGUUACUGUAGAAGAUUCCAAAUGUCUUCAAGCGAAUGCAUUCAUUCAGGCAGACAUAUUUCAGGAGUUCACAAUCAGACAGGAUGUAAUUGGGUUUCAGGUAAACCUUACCGUCCUUCUGGAUUGCCUCACCAUCUUUGGGGGGAGUACAGUUCCAGGAGUGAGCACAGCCCUGAGAAUGUGCUACAUUGGCUAUGGCUACCCACUAACCUUGUUCCUGGAAGAGGCAGGAGUUGUUACUGUAUGCAAGAUUAACACCCAGGAACCCGAGGAACCUCUGGACUUUGAUUUUUGUAGCACCAACGUCACCAACAAAGUGAUACUUCAGUCAGACAGCCUGAAGGAGGCUUUUUCAGAACUGGAUAUGACCAGUGAAGUCCUGCAGUUAACGAUGUCACCAAGUCAUCCCUAUUUCAGAUUGUCCACAUUUGGAAAUUCUGGAAAUGCUCAUUAUGAUUACCCCAAAGACUCUGACAUGAUGGAGCUGUUCCAAUGCACUAAGACACAGAAAAACAGGUACAAGAUGUCACUGCUAAAGCCGUCCACCAAAGCUUUGGGUCUGUCCUGUAAGGUGUCUGUGAGGACAGACAGUCGAGGUUUUCUUUCCUUGCAGUAUCUUGUACGGAAUGAUGAUGGACAGAUUUGUUUUGUUGAAUACUACUGCUGCCCAGACGAAGAGGUUGAUGAAGAAUAGACUGACGACAGCGCAUUAUUGAAUUCCUGUUAAAAUCUUUCUUUUACCCUGAACAUGUGAAUUUUAGCUCGCCCCCUGGAUUAUUGAUUUCUUUUUUGUUAUUUGUUAGUUAUACCACAUUUGUUGUACCACAUUUCUAGUAAUGUAAAAUUUCUGAGUUGUCUGAUUUGCUCUAUGCUAUACUCCUGGACUUUGUAAAUCUGCUAUAUCAGUAUAAAUCUGCUACAGCAAUUCCCUAAUAGGGAACUUUCUUAUAUAGCUAAUAUGAUAUGACUGUAAAUUACUGUGUAAUAUACAGUUAAAAUGACUAAAGUUUUGUCUGUUUUCAUUUAAGAAAGUCAGCUGUUAUUGAAACAUUUCUUGGGGUGUCAGGGCGUAUGAUUGUAAAAUAUUAAAAUAGGUUAACAUCAAACUAGGUGUUUUCAAUAAGAUCUAUUAAAACUACACUAAAAUAAAUUUUAACUAAAAACUCAA